AUGGCAACAAAGACUGUGUCGCAGUCUGUGUCUGUGGCAUAUAUUCGUGCCAAAAAAGAUCUACAGGAAUACGAAGAAAUACCAGGUAUUAGUAUCAAGUACGAUGAAAAAAACCCAAUGAGAAUCGACCUGACGGUCCGGCCUAAUGAAGGGCUUUAUCAAGGGGGUGUGUUCAAAUUUAUCUGUGAAGUUCCAGAGGACUAUCCGAACAGGGCUCCGGAAUUCAAGUGUCUGCCUAAAAUCUACCACCCUAAUAUCGACCUUGAAGGUCAUGUGUGUCUCAACAUUCUACGAAACGACUGGAAGCCAACGCUGACUUUACAACUUGUAUUUGCCGGCAUUUUGCAUUUGUUUUUACAGCCAAACGCAAACGAUCCUCUCAAUAAAGAUGCAGCAAACGACUUAUCUAAAUACCCUGCGCAAUUCAAACGACAUGUGCUAAACGCAAUGGCGGGCGGAUACGUUGAGAACGAAAAGUUCGAUAAAGUGGCGGAUUACAUAGAUAGAAGGUAUUUAUAA